CACUCACUCCCUCACUCGUCGCGGGAACUCUUUCUUUCUUUUUCUCUGUUCCCAAACAACAAAACCAUUAAAUGCCCUAAAAAAAUAGAAAAAUCUUACUAGUAAUUUCUUUUAGAGCCGCGUCUCUCAGUCCAAGUACAAUCAUGACCCUUCUCUAAUCAUGUAUAUAUACCAGUUGUAACUCUUUUCCUCUAUUUUCUCAGUCUCCAUUACCUGUCAAAAUCACACAUCAAAUUACAAAUCUCUGUUGCAUUAACUGAUUAAUACUCAACUGAAGGGUCUUAUUCGUGGCAGUUCCACAACCUCGUCUUUUUCUGUUCCUUCUUUCUUUACCUUUGAUGUUGCUUUUGGCUUGCUACCAUUUCCAACUCUCAUUUUCUGACUCUUAAACUUUUAAAAAGGUUGCUUCAAGUAACAAUACCACCCCAGAGAGUUUCCCUAAUAAAACAAACUUUGGACUAAUUAGCUCUACAAUUUUUAACUAAGUUAGUUCUAUAAGAACGGCGCUUGUUCUUCUCGUUCUGGUUUCGGCCAAGCCCUUUGCUUCUCUCUAGCGAAAUCCUUUUCUUUGGGCCCAUUUUCAGAUGGGUGAAAACACAGGAGAAACGGCCAAGCAGCAAACUCAACAAUCACAACAGCAGCACCUUCCAUCUUCCCCAAAAGACCCCCUUGAGGAAACACCAGAAACGAGACCACAGCAUCACCAACAGCCGCCGUCUGUUGUCGCUACCGGAGCUCCUUUCAUCUCUACACCUCUUUAUGUCCCAAUUGGUGCAACUUCUUCUGCUUAUGACCAACAAUUUGAGACUGUGACCCCCAAAAGACCCAGGUAUGCUACUGCGCAAUGGAAAAUAUUACCUUCACCACCCCAACAACAACAAACACAGAAGCAGAUGGCUACUAUUGUCACCCGCGAAUCAAGCCCAUCACCAUCAACAAAUCCUCCUCCCACCACCAACCCACAAACCCAACAACUUCACUCUACAGCAGCUUCCUCCUCGGACACGGCUUCGUCUCCUCCACACUCCCCUCUCCCUUAUCUCCCCGCAGCUUCUGGUCAAGAGACAAGCAAAACAGAAGGACAGCAACUUCACCACCAGUUUAGAAAGGGCAAGUACGUGAGCCCAAUUUGGAAACCAAAUGAGAUGUUAUGGUUAGCCAGGGCUUGGCGGGUCCAAUACCAAGGUGGUUAUGAUGCCUCUGGUUCAUUUUCAAGAACUGAAUACCCAGAUAUUGGUCAAACCACUGGCGAAGUCACAGUCCAAUCAACAAGAGGGAAAACGAGAGCUGAUAAAGAUAGAGAAGUGGCAGAGUUCUUGCAAAGGCAUGGGGUAAAUAGAGAUGCAAAAACAGCGGGUACCAAAUGGGAUAAUAUGUUGGGCGAGUUUAGGAAGGUGUUUGAAUGGGAAAGAGAUCAAGUAGGGAAGAGUUAUUUUAGGCUCUCUUCUCAUGAGAGGAAGCAACAUAAAUUGCCUGCUUCUUUUGACGAGGAAGUGUUUGAAGAGUUGUCUCAAUUUAUGGGUUCUCGCAUGAGAACUUCGAGCAGAGCUGCGAUCGGUUCUGGUGAUGAUGGUAGGACUGCUCUUGCUGGUGUAAGAGCUCUCCCUCCACCCCCUCCUUUUAAAGACGAUGACUACUCCAAUGCAACUUUAUCUUCUGUUGCAGGAAGGACAAAGCAAGUGAUGACCAGUGGAGGUGAAGCUUACUUUCACGGUAGUAGAGGGAGUCUGUUAGGGUUUGAAUCUUCGAUGGACGUGGCUGCUACUGGUGCUUCAUCAUCAUCGAAGGAACUUCGUAGAAUUGGUAAAAUAAGAAUGACAUGGGAAGAAUCAGUGAGUUUAUGGGCUGAAGAAGGGGCACAUAGAGGGAGAGUGAGGGUUCAAGGAUCAAGUUUUUUGAAUGCGGAUGAGCUUACUUUCUUUGACGAUUCGAUGGUAGCUUGCACCAUGGAAGCCUUUGAACGUGGACCCCUAAAAGGUUUCUCAGUUGAUCGAUUCGUUUCUGGACAACAAGUGAAAGUUUUUGGCAGAAGAAAGUCUUCAUCGGCUUCUGCUUCUUCUUCUGGUACAAAUAUAUCAGGUUUCGUUGAAAGAUUUCAGCUUCCAUCAGUUGAACCCGCAAUAAGAUCGAUCCCAGCGUGGGAAUUUCAAGACCCAACUGAGUAUUACGUGGGUUGUCUUCGAGUGCCACCAACAGCACUUCCAAACUUGUUUGAACUCUCGUGGUAUUUGCAAGAGCCACCACCUGAAGAAUUACGCUUCCCUCUAAGGAGAGAUGUUUACAGGGACUUACCUCCAGGCAAAGAGCACUUCUUUACUACUGCUACUGAACUGUUAGAUUGUAGAGGUAUUGCGUUUGAUAUCUUAACCUCAGUUAUCCGAACUAACCCUAGUAUCAGUGGUGCCAAUGCCGCGAGUAGAGACUCUUUUAUUGGCAUUUGGGAUGAUUGCAUUAAUAGGGUUGUGUCCAAAUUCUGUUCUGUUGAAGUGGUUAUUGUCAGAAAAGCGCCAUCAUCAUCAUCGGUGAACACGUUGCAGGAUCAGUGGCCAAACGUGACCGGAUUUGUUAGAAACUUUUGUUUGUGGAGAGGAGAGGAGAGUGACCAGUUGAGGGAAGGUCAGGCCGAUCCCUCUUCUUCUAUAGUAGAGAAGCUUUUAUGGACUUACAUGGAUAUCCCCUAUAUUCUAGGCUACUAUGCGGUAGGUUACUCGGUAACAUUUUGUGCGUUGUAUCGAUCGCAAGAUCGCAUAAUCCGCACUGAUCUCUGUGCUGUUGACUUAUCGUCGCCGGUGGAGAGACUAAGAGCCCUGGUGCCAUGUUACAGAAUAGCUGGGUUGUUGCCAUUGCUAGCUGAACGUUGCUUCAACAACAUCAAUAACGGAGGAACUUUUAAGCAGUUAACCUUCAGUGAUUUUGAAAGAGUGGAUGUGGGUGAUGGAAACAUCAUUGAAAUGACACCGAACACAGUAACAAGAUUCUUCCCCAGCAAAAGAAAAUGGGCAGCAGUCAAAGAAAUAUAUGAUUAUCUUGACCAGAGAAUCCCACACGCAGAAUUCAUUUUCCGAACACUGGAGAAGGAUUUGGCAUUGGUGUUUAAACCUCGAGGUGUGAAAUUUAAGCCCACGAACUGUGAGCAACUGGUAGAGGCUCUAAAAUACGUGACCAAAGCCUUGGUAGCACUGCAUGACUUAUCUUUCAUGCAUAGGGACCUGAGUUGGGACAAGGUAAUGAGAAGGAGCGACAGAGAAAACGAGUGGUUCGUAUGUGGAUUCGAUGAGGCGGUGGGUGCCCCUCAGCUAUACCCACAUGGGGUAGUGGAGGCACAUGGGAGACACGCGCCGGAGAUGGGAAGGGGAUUGCAUGGGGUGAAAGUAGACGUGUGGGGCGUAGGUUACUUGGUGAAGACGUGUGGAUUGGGUCCGGAUGGUGUGCCGAAGAUGCUUAGAGAGUUGCAAAAUAGGUGCUUAGACCAGAACCCAGAGCAGAGACCCACCGCCGCCGAUUGCUAUCACCACUUGUUGCAAGUGCAGUCGUCUCUGCAAUCAUCCUCCUCUGGAGGGCCCUAUUGAAUUGACUGAUGUGUAUGCUAUGGGGUAGCUUGCGUUUGUUUUCUGAUUUUUAAUAUUGUGGGUAGUUUUUCUUUUAAUCAGAAAAAAAAUAUAUAUUGUGGGUAGUUUCGGAGGUUUAAUUUAGAGGGCGGGAGGCUGGCGAGGAUUGCUAUUGUGAUUGUUAUUGGCAGAUUUUGAUACCUUAAAAAUUCAAUUGAGAAGGUUAAAGAUUGACUUCAACAGAAAAAUGGCGGCUGUUUCUGCUGCAGCGCAGCUUCUGGGUUGCGACAGUCCCUUUCUAUCGAAUCAUAUCUGAUUUAUGUCAUUUCCGUUUAAUUUAAUUGGAAAUUCUUGUGUGAGUAUUUUCGGUGUUUAAAUAGUAU